GUACGCGCCGAAUACGAGCCAAGGUUGAAGCAAUAUAACGGCAACGCGCCCCGACAACGAUGAUUGUCUCCUCAUGGUAACUUGAAGAGCCUCUGCGCGCCUACGAGCUGCAGGUCUUCGUUGCCCUAUCCGCUUAUUACUUUGAAUACCGACGGCUUCUGUGUCAUUGCUUCUACGGAUUACGUUGCUACGUAUCGCUCGUGUCCCUCGGAUGAAGGAUAAUUCACGUCUGCGUUCGGCGUCGUGUGUGCUUCGCUUGUAAUUCAUCGCGCUGUUGGUUCUCACAAUCGGCAAGACUGACUGUUGUUUCUAGCUGCAUGGAAGAAAGAAGCACCGAAGAAUAAGAUUUAGCUCAUGUUUCCCGGGCGGGUUCCCUCUGGAAUAGAUAAAACUGCUGUGAUCCAUAAGGGGAGGUCUGGCGAUAAAACGAUGAGAAGCGAAGAGGGAUUCCGCGCGAGAGCCAACAUGUUUUUCCUAAAACCGGUAUCAGCUCCCGUCAGAGAUUCGAAGGAGGAAUCGCCACUCGAUUCCGAGACGGGUCUGCCCAUUACACCACUGACGAUAGGCGACACGGUUUAUAGAGGAGAGGGAAACGCCAAUAUCGUUAUCGCGUUGCCACAUGAGCACAAGGUAAUACGAUUCCGGAAGUCGUUACCAGGCGAGGUUUCACCGGAUGCCGGCAAAACACGCGUGCAACGGGAGGUGAGGUUUGCCAGGAACGUGAUUUCCUGUUUUUUGGGCUCUUACAUGCAGAUCCCCGAAAUUGUUCGUUACGACGCGACCGAUAUAGCCAAAUUGUCGGACGUCAUCCGCCCUCUCCGCCCAGAGAAACGUCGACACAAGGAAAUCACGGACGUGUACGUUACAAAGUUCUCGGAUUACACGUUUCUGGACCUGCAGUUGAAACAUGAUGAAACCACCUUCCGCAGUCGCUCGACGUUCUGCGUGGAGAUCAAGCCGAAGCAGGGGUACUUGCAGAAGGCAGGCCAGAGAUUUCCCAGGUGUCCAUAUUGCCUCCAUCAGUACGCCAAGCUGCGCAAGAAGAGCAUCACCGCCCGUAGCAAUUACUGUCCGUUCGAGCUGUUCUCUGGAGUGGAGACGCGCAUGACGACCGCCGUGAAGGAGCUUUUGAGGUCGCCGCAGAACAACCUGAAAAUCUUCAAGGACGGUCUGGUCGUCUACGACCAAGAGUCUUCGACGAGCGAUCUCGAGGACGUGCUGGACGAGUGGUUUCGAAAUGCGGCGGUGCCGUGCACCGAGCGAGUCAGCCACAACGACGAGUUCUGCAAUUUGGUGUGCGCCGCCCUUACCCGGCCUGUCGCCCAGGAACAGCUGGAGAUAUUCGUCGCACCUCGUCCACGUAAUCCUUCAGCCGCGAAUCAAGUCCCGACGUUCUGCGCCGAACCGAGCGCGGUCACGAGAGCCGAAUGGUGCCUUCGUUUCGUGGGAAAAAAUUGUAAUUUCGACGGUAACGAACUGCCGAAAGAUUCGGUGCUCGAGCGGAUCUGGAACAUGCAGCGGGUAUCUUACGUCAGUACCAGUUACAUUUACGACGUGUACUCCAAGUAUGCGCCAUUGCUGAAUGACGAUCUGAUGUACUCUGGUUUGGCGAAAUUGGACGAGAUCCGUACCGUUCCCCGCGCAUUAUUCGAUAAACCUACGAAUCUAGUCAUCCAGACGGAGGCCAUAAAGGACAUAUACUUGGAGAAAGUCUCCAAGAACAGCGUUACGAGAAAAUACGACGACGAUGAUUUUAAUGGAGAUCAUUAUGCCAGUUCGGAGUAUAUCUUAUCUACUAAUACCGACAGAACGUACGUGAACGGCGGCUUUGUAUCGCAAACAGAAUUUCGUCGUGGUCUAGAUUCGCGCCAGUCGUUUUAUGGAAACAAGAGGCUGCAUAAUCAGAGAGCUAAUGACGAUGCUGACGAGCGAAAGGCGAACGCGCGGAUUGCGGCCGAGCAUUUGUCGGCGCUGCAAAAUUAUCUUUUAUUUGCCACGGCCAGGGAUUGUUCGAUAUUGAUGACCUUUCGCGAAUUGCAACCAGAAAACGUAUCAAGAGCGCCCGUGAAAAAUACAAUCAAGCUGUCGGAUCAGCUUUACUUUUUAAGCAGCGUCAGAGUCUCAGAUCUGGACCCAAAAAGCGUUCACUCCAUCAAAAAGCAUCGGCAACGAGACGUGGAUAUUUUUGAUUCCGUGAAUUCCCUCUUGGAGGAGAAUAUUCUUAAAAAUGGGUGAUUAGUCAAGAAGCCAACAACGACACAGCAUCUGACACAUGAUAAAGAAUGUUUAUAUAAAAUAAGUGCAUGUCUACCCAAUUGUCGAUACGCUUACUGAUUACGUAUUACCAAUGAAACCAAUUAUACUUAUGCGAGUCUACGAUAUUCAUGCGAAAGUAAACGAAAUAUCGAUGCCAUUAUUCGUCAAUUUUAGUAAUUAAAUGGAAUGAUUUUUUCUGAGUGUAUGGAUAACUGACUGAAAUAAUUAGUCAUUUGUCGAACAACAUAUCUUAUACGGCUGUAAAAUUCUACUUAAUUUAAUAAUGUAAGUAAAUUAUUGUUUUUUAUAGGAUUUCGAACUUUCUGUAUGGAUCGUGUGGUGUGUUGUCUAGUAUGAGUUGUCUAGAAUUAGUGUCUAGUUGAAACGAAAAACAGAAAUAUUUCUACGGGUUUCCUCACGACUUAUUAUUAUAGCUCUUUCAUUGUGAUCUGUUUCAAAUUGUGAUUAUAUCGACCUUUCAGUGGAGCGAAAUGAAAGAAUACGAGUAGAAUAGAAAAACAUUUGGUAUUGAUUUGAGAUAAGUUUUGCGCUAAUGUGUAAGGAUCUCGUACGAUAUAAGACUGACUUGUAUACUGUAAAGGAUAUAAGUGAUUGAUAUAAAUUAUUAUAUCUGAAAUACGAAUUAUACAGUUUUAUACGCUUACUAAAAUCGAAAUCAACAUUUUUAUUUUAACGAUAAUACAAUUGUAUCUUGUAUGCAUGUUACGAGUUUACUUUGCUUACUACUGGCAAUAACUCGUGUCAAAUGUGAUGGUAAUGUAAAAGAUGAACUUAAUUAAGUAGGGAAGAAUCUAUCUUAUUUUUCAGACAGUGAAUGUGAUUGAACCAGCGUCAGUUUUCUGAAAAUGUCGAACAAAUAAAAAUAAGAAAAUUGAAGAAAGAGAGGCUUUGACAUUUGCGUGAGCGUGCGAUUAUCUAACAGAAUAUAAAGAUAGUUGUGUGUGAUAUUAGAGGUUUAAACUGUAAAAAUAAAUGUUUGUAUGACAUUGUUUUACUUGCGGUUUACUGAGACAUGAUUUUAACAAUGUGCAAUGUAUAAAAAGACAUGUUAUGUUGUUAUUUAAUAAACGUUGCUAUGCGAUAU